UACUAAGCUUGUAUGAGAAGUUCGGCCAUUACUUCUGCUCUGCCAAGUUCUGUUUUGAAGCUUCUGGCACUUCUCGCACUCAUAGCUGUCGUGUGAAAUUUAGAAUCGAAUUGUCGGCUGCAAUAAUGCGGUAACAACUGGAUAUUUCAAUGCCCGUAUGUGCUGGAACUCAGCGCAACCAGGACCGGCCGCUACUGCAGAAGUGCAGAAGGUCCUCGGAAGCAUCCGAAAAAGUUUCGGAGACGCCCGACACUUCGGAGCCGAAGCCGAGCCCGCGGCCGGGAGCGUACCUGACAUGAACGGGCCGCUGUAGCCGCUCCGAACGCCCCGAACACACGGCCGAAGACGUCUUCGGGCAUCUUCGGGGGUCCGUGGCGGAGCCGAAGUCAGCCGAAGCCGCCGAAGCCCGGUUGCUGCUCGCUGCACGACCCCUACAGAGUCCCGCCGUUUUUAGUGUCGCCUCUAGAGCACUGCAGAGCAGUCAGUUUGUGCGUUUCUUUGUUUUUGCGCUGCCCACCCCGAACCAGCAAUGCCUUCGCGGUGUUCCGCCCCGACGUGCGAGUCAGGGAAGGGCCACAAGACGAAAGGCAUCUCAUUCUUCUCGUUCCCGAAGGACCCCGACGUUCGGGCCAAAUGGCUGCGUCUGUGCGCCCUCACCGAGAAAGAGAUCACCCGACACCCCGUCCUCUGCUCGCUGCACUUCGGCAAGGACGACGUCGUCUCGAUGGGGGACCGAUUCAGGCUCAAGAAGACAGCCGUCCCGAAAAUCACCGAGAAAGAGAACACCUUCCUGAUUCCGGCGGACCCCCCGCCACUGCUGCCCAUCGGACUGCCCCCGGAGGUGGGCAAGGUGGCCACCGUGGCGCGGCUCGGCCCCAACCCUUUCCUGGUGUCCCCCUUGCCCUACCGCGCCAUCAAGUCUGCGUGCCCGCUCCCCCUGGCCCGGCCCCUCUCGCCGCCACCGCUGGUCCCGCUCCCGCGCCCGCCCAAGUGCGUCUUCAAGUUCCUGGGCAAGCUGUCCACCGAGCACUACCGGGAGGAGAACCACCCGCAGGGAAACCACCCGGAGGGGAACCACCCGGAAGAUAACUACCCAGAGGAUAACUACGCGGAGGAUAACUUCUCAGAAGAUAACUACCCGGAGGUAGUUCUCCGGUCGGAGUCUCCUGUUUGUCCAACGCCGCCGGAAGAGGAGAGAACAAGACUGGAGGAGAGAAUAAGACUUGAGGAGAGGACAAGACUGGAGGAGGAGAAGACAAGACUUGAGGAGAAGAUUCGCGUGUUGGAAAAGGCGCUCGAAAAGGAAAGGUACCUCGUCACCGAGGCGGCCUCCGAAGCGGCCGAAGCAGUGGAGGCGACCGAGGCGGCCGAAGCAGCCCGCCAAGAAAUGGAAGCCAGACUCCGGCGGCACAUCCUCAAACUGGAAAAGGAUAUCGAGAAAAAGGACGCGGAAGCGAAGAAGCGGGCAGCGAAAAGCGAAAAGCGGUUCAAGAAGAUGAAGGCCUUGACCCAGCAGGUGCGGAGACUUCGUGUGCGCCACGAUCGGACGUUCAUCAAGGAGACCAUCAGGGACGUCAGGGAGGACAACGACACGGACAUGGUGGCCCUCGUCAAGCAGGUGGUUGAUGAAACUUUCAGCGGUGAGGCGGACGAGGCCUGCCAGGACCCCAAGGCGCGCGCGGCACUCAUCCUGCACUUGUUCCAAACGGGAGUGCACAAGAAGCUCGUCAAGAAGUUCAGGCAGGCCCACCCACUCGAAAUGCGGCGUCCACAUUUGACAGGUGACGAAGUGGACACGCUGGACACGCCACCGUCCAAAAAAUCAAAGCCGUCUCAUCCAGUGAAAGCGGAGCUUGGACUUUCGAAUGAGGGGCGUAGCUUGCAGCCUGAACACUCGAAUGAGGGGCGUAGCUUGCAGUCUGAACGAUCGAAUGACGGGCGUAGCUUGCAGCCUGAACACUCGAAUGACGGGCGCAGCUUGCAGCCUGAACACUCGAAUGACGGGCGUAGCUUGCAGCCUGAACACUCGAAUGAGGGGCGUAGCUUGCAGUCUGAACGAUCGAAUGACGGGCGCAGCUUGCAGCCUGAACACUCGAGUGACGGGCGUAACUCGCAGCCUGAACACUCGAAUGACGGGCGCAGCUUGCAGCCUGAACACUCGAAUGACGGGCGUAGCUUGCAGCCUGAACACUCGAAUGACGGGCGUAGCUUGCAGCCUGAACGAUCGAAUGACGGGCGUAGCAUGCAACCUGAACACUCGAAUGACGGGCGUAACUCGCAGCCUGAACACUCGAAUGACGGGCGUAACUCGCAGCCUGAACACUCGAAUGACGGGCGUAACUCGCAGCCUGAACACUCGAAUGACGGGCGUAACUCGCAGCCUGAACACUCGAAUGACGGGCGUAGCAUGCAGCCUGAACACGCGAAUGACGGGCGUAGCUUGCAACCUGAACACUCGAGUGACGGGUGUAACCUAAAGUCUGACCUUUCGAAUGACGGGAGUAGCUUGCCGCCGGAAGAAGAGAUGGAAAUAGUUACGGAGGCACGGGAAGAAACAGACCCUCUGGCUGAGGUUCAGUGAUAUUUGUGAUAAGGGAGUGAAGGAGAUUUUAUUAAAAUGUUUUGAAUGAACUAUGAGGAUUUUUUAAGUUUUCUAAACGGAAAAUCUUUUUCUGUGUACUGUGUACACACCUUUUAUUAUUAAAUUUUCCAUGUUAAAACACAUUUAAAACAAGAGAAAUUGAAUAAACUUCA